UUCCAUUCAUGUUAUCGCACGCUUCGCUCAAUCGUUUUGGUUCCAUUCCUUAAAUUGAUCACCACGGCCAGUGAUUAGUUUGAAGUUGGACUUUGGCACACGCUCAACCAUUUUUUACGUUAACAUCUAAGCCAAAUUAGCACAAAAAUGUCUUCAUUGUUUAAUUCAUUCCACAAAUUGCAGAAAGUCAGUGGAAUUGCAAAGGUACCUGUCAGAUAUUUAAAUCUUCUUGAAUAUCAAAGCAAACAUUUACUGAGGAAGAAUGGUGUUGCAGUCCAGGACUUUUGCAUGGUUGAUAUGACCAGUGAUAAGGAACUAGAGAAGUUCAAUGUGAAGGAAUAUGUAAUCAAAGCUCAGAUCUUGGCUGGUGGCAGAGGAAAAGGCCACUUUUCAAAUGGAUACAAAGGUGGUGUUAAAAUCACUGAGAAGAGAGAAGAAAUCAAAGACAUUGUUAAUAAGAUGUUAGGACAUCGCUUGAUCACAAAACAAACACCCAAGGAUGGCAUCGAGGUGAAAAAGAUAAUGAUUGCUGAAUCUGUCAAUAUUAUGAGAGAAACAUAUGUUUGUAUAUUGAUGGAUAGACAAAAGAAUGGACCAGUUAUCAUUGCAUCACCAGCAGGAGGAAUGGAUAUUGAAGGUGUGGCUGAGAAAACUCCACAUUUGAUUAAAACAAUCCCCAUUGACAUUCAUCAAGGCAUCACAGACAAUAUGGCUAAUGAACUAGCUGAGUUUCUAGAGUUCAAAGGUGGUUUAAAAUCAAAAGCAGCUCAUGAAAUCAAACAAUUGUGGCAGUUGUUCUGCAAAGUAGAUGCCACACAGAUCGAGAUCAAUCCAUUGGUGGAGACUGAUGAUGGCAAAGUUAUAUCUGUUGAUGCCAAGUUGAACUUUGAUGACAAUGCGCAAUUCCGCCAAAAAGACAUUUUUGCCAUGGAAGAUGAUUCCGAGAGUGAUCCACGAGAGGUGGAAGCAAGCAAAUAUAACUUGAACUAUAUUGGAAUGACUGGAAAUAUUGGAUGUCUUGUGAAUGGUGCUGGGCUUGCAAUGGCUACUAUGGACAUCAUCAAGCUAUAUGGAGGUGAUCCAGCUAAUUUCCUCGAUGUUGGUGGCAGUGUGAAAGAAGAUCAAGUCAAGAAAGCCUUUGAGAUUUUGACUAAUGACAAAAAGGUUCAAGCUAUUCUUGUGAAUGUCUUUGGUGGAAUUGUGAACUGCGCCACAAUCGCCAACGGUAUUGUAGGCGCUUGUAAAUCAAUCAAGUUGAAUAUGCCUUUGGUUGUUCGACUUGAGGGCACUAAUGUUGAUGAAGCCAAGAGGAUUAUUAAAGAUUCAGGUCUUCCGAUUAUUUCUGCGGAUCAUUUAGAUGAUGCAGCACAGAAAGCUGUGAAAGCACUGAAGAAGUGAAUGUCUCAAGAUAAAUUGAAUCAAGGCCAGGGCAUUUCAAGCUAAAUCAGUGUAGACAAUAGUUUGCAAGAAAUUGUGCGUUUUUAUACUAUCAUGUUAAAAUUUGUUCGUUGUUAUUUUUAUAUAAUGUAUAAAUAAAGUGAAAUUGAAAUUAAGUAAUAA